AUGCCGGAUGACAUAAUUUUAACUGACAAGAUGCAGGGUGGUGUUAACGAGAGGCUGGAGGUUUGGAGGCAGACCCUAAAGUCUAACGGUUUCAAAUUGAGCAGGACCAAGACGGAAUACAUGGAGUGCAAGUUCAGCAACGGUACCCAGGAAGGGGAUAUGGAGGUGAAGCUUGAUACGCAAGUCGUCCCCAAGAGAGGUAGUUUCAAGUAUCUUGGAUCUAUAAUACAAGGUAACAAGGAGAUUGAUGAAGAAGUCACGCAUCGUAUCAGAGCAGGAUGGAUGAAGUGGAGGCUCAUUUUCGGUGUCUUAUGUGAUAAGAAUGUGCCUCUGAGACUUAAAGGCAAGUUCUACAAGGUUGUAAUUAGACCAACUUUGUUGUAUGGAGCAGAGUGUUGGCCGGUAAAGAACUCUCAUACCCAGAAACUAAAAUUAGCUAAGAUGAGGAUGUUGAGGUAG